AUGCUAUUCCAGAUCCGACGAAUCAGCGCUCGGUGGGCGGAGCUUAUGUGGCGCGAGCAAUACGCCAUCGGCGGACUUCAUUGUGCUGGCAUCGGCGACGCAACUAUGUCCGUUCCUCCUGAGAUUAUCAAGAAGAUUGAGGACGGCUACCAGACUCUUCAGAAUGCAAAAGAUUGCCACUCUUUGCUGAAGAAAUACUUGACAAAGGAUGUAGUCGACCAGCUGAAGGGCAAGAGGACCAAGCUGGGAGCCACGUUGUGGGACGUCAUCCAGUCUGGAGUUGCCAACUUGGACUCUGGUGUUGGAGUUUACGCCCCUGAUGCUGAAGCUUACACCCUGUUCAAGCCACUUUUCGAUCCUCUGAUCCAGGACUACCACAACGGAUUCUCUCCUAGCCAGAAGCAGCCUGCCACUGAUCUCGGAGAGGGAAAGACCGCCCAACUCGUCGACCUUGAUCCUGAAGGAAAAUACAUCAACUCUACUCGAGUCAGAUGUGGCCGCUCCCUCCAGGGAUAUCCAUUCAACCCUUGCCUAACCGAGGCCAAUUACCUCGAGAUGGAAGCCAAGGUCAAGAAGAUCUUCGAGAACAUCAACGACCCUGAGCUCCAAGGAACGUACUACCCCCUUGAUGGUAUGACGAAGGAGGUACAAAACCAACUCAUCAAGGAUCACUUCCUCUUCAAGGAGGGUGACAGAUUCCUUCAAGCAGCUAAUGCUUGCCGAUACUGGCCCAAGGGACGUGGAAUCUUCCACAACAAGAACAAGACAUUCCUUGUCUGGGCCAAUGAGGAGGAUCACCUUCGUAUCAUCUCUAUGCAGAACGGUGGAAACGUCGGACAGGUAUUGGAACGUUUGAUCAAGGGAGUGAAGACCAUCCAGGCUCAAGCACCAUUCUCACGUGAUGACCGUCUCGGCUGGCUCACUUUCUGCCCAUCUAAUCUAGGAACCACUGUUCGUGCAUCCGUACACAUUCGCUUGCCGAAGAUCUCAGCUAAGCCCGACUUCAAGAAAAUUUGUGAUGAGCUCAAGCUCCAGAUCCGUGGAAUUCACGGUGAGCAUUCCGACUCGGAGGGUGGCGUCUAUGACAUAUCAAACAAGGCUCGCCUUGGUCUGACAGAGUUCGAAGCGGUCAAGCAGAUGUACGACGGGGUAAAGCAUCUCAUCGAGCUGGAGAAGAAGGCUUAG